CCCACAAUUCAAGUAGGGCUCUAAAAUAGGAAACGAACCUCCUUCGCUGGUUCAAAAUAAAUCUCAAACUAUAGGGAACUUGUGUGCAAAACCUCAAACGCCGGACUCUUUUAAUACGUCUGCGAACGGUUGCACUCUUCUUUAAAUUAACCGUCCCGUUUUAAAUGGUGGAACACGAGUGAGCACAGGAGUGUUUGUGAUCUCCUUGGAGACGAUCGACGCCUCAUCAAAUUGAUGCUAAAGUAGCCAGCUAGCUGCUAUCGUAAUGGUAAACAAACCACAAUGGCCACCAAGCCAAAAGGGAAACCACCUAAAAAGGUGGAUUAAGUCGGCUAAAUCCCCACUGAAGGCCCAGGCUCAAUCAGUGAUGGAGAUAUCCUUGACAGCACGUUUGAUGAUAACAUUUAACAAUUUAGGAAGGAAAUCAGGACGUGGUGGAUUACGACAUGGCACAUCUGACAUUGAAAACAUCUUCAGUAUGCUAGAUGACAUAACGAUGGAUGAAGGCAACACCGAGGGUCCAGAUGAUAUGAAUGUUGCAUCAAAGAAAACAAGUAAUUCACUUUCUGGAGAAACAAAACCAUCAGAUAAUGAAGGGUUCUUGGCAGAACCAGAUAUAGCGAGUGAUAUAAAACCAAGGGAAGCAGAUGAAGCUGCCAUUGAGGGGAAGACAAUCUCAUCUUCAGCACGUAACAGAAAGUUCAGCUUCUCUGACCUUGAUGACCAGGAUGACAUAGAUGACCUAGUUGACCUGCUUGAUGGCUUACCACAAAAUAAAAACAAGACACCAUUGAAAUCUAAUUCACAGCCGGCCAAACCUGAAAAAGGGGUACCUUCAAAUUCGCCAUCUCUUGUCCACAAAAGGGAAACAACUAGUCCAGCAAAAAAAACAAAUGAACUUGCAUUUGACGAUGAGAAAGAUGAUUUGAUUGAUGAACUUGGCUUGGACUGUGAAAAUCCCAAGAAAAAAGACAAUGUGCUUUGGUCCAACAGGGAAAGUGAGCAACCACAGAGAGCUCGUACAAGACUCGAUGAGAUUCUAGAGAAUUGUAAUUCCCGCCGUCUGGAGUGGCCACCGUCAGGUACUAAGAAUGACCAGCCUCCGUCUCGGGAGAAGAACUACAAUAUGAAAGAGGCCCUUUUAGAAGAUGACCUCACAUAUGGGUCCUAUCAGCCCACAAUGGUAGACACCACUUCAGGGCACCAGUCCCGCAGGCAGUCACUCAGAUUCCCCGCACAGGAUGUCAGUGCUUCCACCGCAGAGAAAAAGCCACCCAUCGUCCCGAACGCCGCUCGAUCCCGCAACCCAGCUGACUGGCUCUGUCUCAGGGCAAACGAUGAGCAGAGCAACCUCGAAGAUGACGCCAAAGAGAGGAAGACUUCCACAGAGUCUCCAAAAUUUCCUUCCUCUCCUUUAUUGGAGAGAAAACCCUCUCUGGCUAGUGACCAGAAUACAUCAGCUGCUAAAAUGGAAGUGAAUGCCUCAGCUUUGACUGACACCAAAGCAGUAAAGCCAGAGACUAGCAAAAGACAAAAGAAAGAGGAGGAAGAUGAUGAUUGGUUGGCAGGAGCUCUUAGUAGAAAGAAGUCUUUCUCAGGAUCUAACUCUGAUGUUAAAAUAUUCAAUCAGGAGCAAUCUUUAGGCCUGGGAGGAGAAGUGGAUCUGGAGUCACUUGUUAGUAAGGAAGCUCCUUCACAAGCCCACAAAGGCAAAAAUAACUUCUCUGGUAAACAGUCGUCAUCCUCCAAGGAUGCUGGCGCUUCACUUAGACAACAUAGCAUUGCUGCACAGAAUGCCCCUGAAAGAGAAGAGAGAGCCAACCAAGCACUUCCACAGCCAAACCUAAUGCUAAACUCAGCAGCUGCUGUCCAACAACAGGUGGCAUUUUCAGCUGACAGUCUGCAGCAGUUGUUACUACAACAGCAGAUGAUGCAGUCACAGUUAUUGGGGCUGCGGGGUGUUUUGGAUGUUGGGGCCCUGCAAAAACUAAAUGAGCAGCACCAUGGAGAUGGAGAGGAUUUACAUGCACGCAUCAUUCAGCUGGAGGGACAGACUAAGACUCUGCAGCUGGAGCGAGACCACACCCAGAUGUUGCUGGAGAGUCUCCAGCAGCGACAUAGACAGGACAUUGAACUCAUGGAAAACGCACACAAGACUCGCGUGAAGCUUCUCGAGGAAUCAGCACUCCAGAGGGAGACACGGAUGCGACAGGAGAGCGAAGACCUAAUUGAACGCUUGGCUGCUCUAACCCAAGCUGCUGAGAAGGAGCGCUCAGACCUGCAGGCUCACUACCAGCGUAAACUGGCCCAGUUCCAGCAAGACCAAGACCGUGAUGUAGAGAGACUCCGGGAUUUGCAAAGGAAAUCCAUCAUGGAGAUGAAGAAAGACUAUGAAAACCAUGUCAAUAGACUGAAAAGGCUAAAAGAAGAAGAGAUUGAUGCAGUAACAAGUGCAACAUCUGAGACCAGGUCUCUGACGCUAGUGAUUGAGCAGAUGGAGCAGUUUUCCUCUCGGCUUGGAGAUCUCUCCUCUCUGGUUGAGACCAGGCAUGAACACACAACCCAUGGCUUGGAGCAGGGAGCGCGCCACAGAGAUGAACAGCUUCGAAUCAUGCAGGAUCGUUUGACUCAGCAGCAGAAAGUGAUGGCGGAGGAGAAGGCUUACCUUAAAGAAAUCAUUUCCAGGAUGGACACUCAGAUCAGUGAACAGCAGAGACAAAUUGAAAAGGAGCGCUGGAAGGUUACAGCAGAGCAAGGCAAGGUGGAGUCUUCCCUGAAAAGCCUGGAAGAAGAACGCCGGUCCCUUACUAUGCAGAUGAACAUGGAGAGAGAGGAGCUGGAAAGAGCCAAGAGUGCGUUACUAGAGGAGCAGAAGGCAGUGAUGCAGCAGUGUGCAGAGGAGCGAAGAAAGCUAGCGGCGGAGUGGAACAUCUUCCAUGUCCAGGAAAAACAGCGUAGAGAAAGGGCCGAACAGGAUGUCAGCACCCUACUGGAGAGGAGAGAGGACUCCAUAAUGAGUUUGUUACAGGAGCAAGCAGAUUUGAAGCUUCGCAGCGGAGAGUUGAAACAGAAAGAGAUGGCUGUGGCACAGGAAAGAGAGGCUCUGGAACAAUUUAAAGGAGAACUGGAUCGAGAAAAGGAGAGAAUAAGCAGCACUGCUCUGAGGCUCAAAAUUCGAGCACAGGAAGUUGAUGCCUUCAGCAAGCUGGCAGCUGAAAAGUAUGAGGAAGGAGAGCAAGCAUUGCAGGAAGCCAAACGUUUGGAGGCUGAACACCAGGCAAGGCUGAGAACUAUUCAUUCUCAAAUUGAAAGACUGAGGCAUCUUGAACAACGUGCUCUUCAGGAGCGAACCAGGUUUAAUCUCCAGGAGACAAUGGAGAAGCCUCGACCUGAACCGCCAAGUGGUUCUUUGACACAAACCAAUCCCAUUCUACCAGACUCGGGUUCAGCGAUGUGCGAGCCAAAGCUGACACAAACCCCUAACACCUCCCAGAUAAUACCAAAUUCUCAUUCUGUGGCACUUCAGACCAGUCUGGCUAUAUGGAAGUACAAUGCACGAAAGGACCAUGACUACCUGCAAGAGCAGCAGAUCUUCCUUGAAAACUUGAAGAAAAAGUCUAACAGACAGAAGUCACACUGGACACAAGCAUCAUGAUUCAAGCUCAGUUUCAGGAGCUUAGUUUUGUACGACAACAUUGUUUAUUGGAGAAAAGGAAAAAAAGGAGUCUUGUUUUCCUUGGAUUUAGUUUCUUCAUCCUAACUCAGAAAUUCCACCUAAAAGGGUACAAAAUAAGAAAAAGUUACAAUCUCACACUGCAUAAAGUGACAAUUUAAUUGUAGACAAGCCUCAGGUUACCAUGACUCAACAUAUAUGUUCAGACAGGGAUAACUUGUAUCAUCACUGACUUGAUUCUGGAUAAGUCUGUCCAACAAGAAGUACCUCUAAAUCUCCUUUCCCACAGACCGAUGUUCUCUUUGAUGUCUAAUUUACUGCACCUAGUGAGAGAAAUAUCACAAUCAUCCUCUUGUGAUGAGCUUUGACAAAAAAAAAAGUUUUGGUGCAUUUCUCAGACGAGCUCUUUGCCAUCGUCAGUUAUCGCAUCAGACGGCACUUCCUAUGCAGCAGUUAUCCUCACUGAAAAAGGUACAGACCACAACACUUGGAGACAGUGUGAUACACACCUGUACAACAUCACUUCGUUCAAACACUCGGAACCAAGUGGCGCAGAACAGACCUGGAACGAGAACAAGUUCAUGAGGGCUGGAACAUUAGCAUCGUGUUUCUACGAGGCCCAUUCUACUGCUCGUCAGAUACCAUUGUUUUCCACACGUUUUCUUCAGACAGGGAUAACAAAACUCAUCACAUACAAAGACUACAGAUUACAUUUUAAGUGUAUAUCACAACAACCAUGAGAACCUUACCGUCAUAAUUAACUUGCAUCGCACAUGGUCGAGGGCAUGCUCUCCAUCCACCACGUGCUGCGUUGAAGCAAAAAAGCUAACGCGCUAACACCAUUAGAACGUCGCUAGAUUCUUCAUCCUACGUUACUCUAAAAUAAAAAUCUCUGUUCAACGAGGACCGCCUAUGUUCACUGACUUCAUAUUUGAAAAUAGAUAUUAAAAGCUGCUGCACGUUAUCGUGGACGAUUGCAGCAGUCAUCUUCAACACCAGCAAGAGAACAGCCAAGGACAGGAAGUCUCGCGCGACCUGGUUUUACGCGACGGUGACGUCACAGCAAAUGCAAAAAAAUGAUGGGCGUGGCUAUAAUGUUAUGGAAAACUAUAGGGGAACUAUAUUAUUAAUUAUGACCAAGCACUCCCCGGCCAACAUGAUCUAUACGAGCAAAAUCAAAUGUAUCUAAAUAAUAAAAAUGUUUUGUUGA